CAUCGGUCUGGUGGGAGAGGCUCGUUUGUUGACUCACUCGGAGCUUCGGCUGCGCUGUAGCAAGUAGUUAGCAACCUUGUCAGAGUUAAAGCUGUUGAGUUGACAAUAUGUCAAUAAUGUAGCUCCCGUCCGAGCUAUAGCCGCAUGUUCUGGAGUGAGAAGAUGACCGUCUGCAAAUUAAUUCCGUAUUUAGGGGCCACUUUGUGACCGAGCACGACGUGUUUUUUUUUUUUUUUUAAGCUAGCGUUAGCUUAAGUUACAAGAUUGACAAGAUAAACGACUGAAGUUCCUCCAGAGUGAGAUGGGCAACGCUAGGCUGACCAGAGGUAGCUUAUGUAGCGAGUUAGCCAGCUAGCCGGCUGAGUGCGAAACGGAAAUAUGACUAUUUCCAGUUGGAUUUCGACCGUGAAUAAUUUCUUAUUUAUACGGGCUGCUAUUUGAGAACUAAUCUCAAAGAAGUGAAGCAGCGGUGUCUGGGGAAGCUGUCAAACUCUCGCUCGUCCCGGCUGCAGCGCUGGCCUAGGGAGCUAGCACGAAGCUACCUAGGUGCACGUCUGGCUCUCCUACCAAAGGUGCCUGUUGUGGAUGGCCUGCCUGCCAGUCAUGGAUACGAUGACUGACACAUGCCCUGCGGUGCAUCAGAAUGGGACCGCCCAUCGGGAAUCUCCAGACACACGACCGGCUGCUGCUGUUCUUAGGCUUCACUUCUACCACUUUAGCCAGGAAGCGGUUGAUGGCAGCUUUCUCAGCUACCCACCUGGAGACUAUGUGGCUGAGGAGUUGUGUAUAGAUGCAGCCAAGGCAUGCAGUAUAUCUCCUCUGUACUGCUGCCUUUUUGGUCUCUUUCGAGACCGAGACCACUUGUGGUUUUCACCCAACCACAUCUUCCAGCUUGAUGAUACAGCCUCUGAAGAUGUGUUUUUCAGAAUACGGUACUACUUCCCUGGCUGGUACAGUGGGGGAGCAUCCCGGGCGUAUCGAUAUGGGGUUGCCAAGGGGGCAGAAAGCCCUGUCCUUGAUGACUGUGUCAUGUCAUACCUCUUCUCUCAGUGGAGGAAUGACUUUGUGAAUGGUCUGGUGAAGAUCCCCAACUCCCAUGAGACUCAGGAAGAGUGCCUUGGCAUGGCUGUACUCGACAUGACAAGAACAGCCAAGGAGAGACAGAUGUCACCUCUGGACAUCUACCACACGAUAAGCUACAAGUCCUUUUUGCCAAAGGAAAUGAGAGCUCAGAUCCAAGACUGCAAUUUCUUGACACGUAAGCGAAUCCGCUUUCGCUUCAAACGCUUCAUCCAGCAGUUCAGUCAGUGUCGGACCACAGCGCGUGAUCUUAAGCUUAAGUACCUCAUCAGCAUGGAGUCACUGGAGAAGGCCUUUUACACAGAGACCUUCCAGGUCAGAGAACCGUCUGGCGGACAAUGCAUAAUCCUAGUGGCGGCAGACUCUGGCAUACAGUGGUAUCGAGAGAAGCUGAAAGAUUCUGAUCAGGAACUGCAGACCUUGUGUGACUUCCCUGAUGUAACUGACAUCAGCGUCAAACAGGUCAGCAAGGAGGGAGCUGCAGAGAGCCGAGUGGUCACCAUCAACAAGCAGGAUGGCAAGAACUGGGAGCUGGAAUUCCCCAGCUUGUCUGAAGCCCUCUCCUUUGUGUCCCUUAUUGAUGGCUACUAUCGACUGACAACAGAUGCACAUCACUACCUAUGUAAAGAAGUAGCUCCUCCUCGGCUUGUUGAGGCCAUAUCUUCUCACUGCCAUGGCCCAAUUUCAAUGGAGUUUGCUGUCGCCCGGCUUCAGAAGUGUGGAAACAAGCGGGGGCUGUACAUUUUGAGAUGUAGUCCCAAAGACUUCAACAAAUAUUUUCUGACUUUCCCUGUUGAGGUGUAUGAUUCUGUAGAAUACAAACAUUGCCAGAUAACCAGGUCUGCCAGUGGAGAGUUUAACCUCAGUGGAACCAAAAGGAACUUCAGCAGCCUGCAGGAACUGCUCAGCUGCUACCAAAAGGAAACCGUGCGCUCGGACAGCAUAAUUUUCCAGUUCAGCAAAUGUUGUCCUCCGAAAUCGAAAGAAAAGUCCUGCCUUCUCGUGUGCAGGAGCAACAAAGGCUCAGAAGUGCCUCUGUCUCCGUCACUACAUCGACACAACAUCAGUCAAAUGGUGUUUCACAAGAUCAGGAAAGAAGAUCUGGAAUUUAUGGAGAGUCUUGGUCAAGGGACAUUUACCAAGAUCUUCAAAGGGGUCCGAAAGGAGCUGGGAGACUAUGGACAUGUGCACCAAACUGAAGUAGUCAUGAAAGUCCUGGACCAGGCCCACAGGAAUUACUCUGAGUCUUUCUUUGAAGCUGCCAGCAUGAUGAGCCAGUUGUCCAAUAUACACCUGAUCCUAAACUAUGGCGUUUGUGUCUGCGGAGAAGAGAACAUCAUGGUGCAGGAAUAUGUGAAGUUCGGUUCACUGGAUACCUACUUGAAAAAGAACAAGAACUCAAUAAACAUUCUGUGGAAGCUUGAAGUGGCGAAGCAGCUGGCCUGGGCCAUGAACUUCCUGGAAGAAAAGAAUCUUGUUCAUGGGAAUGUGUGCGCUAAAAACGUUCUUCUGAUCAGAGAGGAGGACAGAAGGGCUGGGAACCCCCCUUUCAUCAAACUUAGUGAUCCUGGUAUCAGCAUCACUGUUCUGCCCAAAGAAAUCCUGAUUGAGAGGAUCCCUUGGGUGCCUCCUGAAUGUAUUGAGGACUCUGGCAAAAUGAGCUUGGCUGCAGACAAGUGGAGUUUUGGCACUACACUAUGGGAAAUCUGCAGUGGUGGAGAGAAGCCUCUAGCUGCACUGGACAACUCUAAGAAAACCCUGUUCUACCAGGAUCGCCACCAACUUUCUGCACCAAAGUGGACCGAACUGGCUAAUCUGAUUACCAGCUGCAUGGACUAUGAGCCCACAUUCAGGCCCACAUUUCGGGCAGUUAUCCGUGACCUCCACAGCCUCUGCACACCAGACUAUGAGCUGAUCGUGGACAGUGACAUCCUGCCAAACAGGACAGUGGGCUCUGGCUGGGCAACUGGGGGUUUUGAAAAUCAGGAGCCAGCUCAGUUUGAGGAGAGACACUUGAUAUUCUUACAACAGCUGGGCAAGGGAAACUUUGGCAGUGUGGAGAUGUGUCGAUACGACCCACUUCAGGACAACACGGGGGAAGUGGUGGCUGUGAAGAAACUCCAGCACAGCACUGCAGAGCACAUACGAGACUUUGAGCGGGAGAUCGAGAUCCUGAAAUCUCUGCAGCAUGAGAACAUAGUCAAGUACAAGGGUGUUUGUUACAGUGCAGGUCGACGAAAUCUCCGUCUGAUCAUGGAAUAUCUUCCGUUUGGAAGUCUGCGAGAUUACCUCAUGAAAAACAAGGAGAGGAUCGACCACAAGAAGCUUGUGCAUUACACUUCUCAGAUCUGCAAGGGCAUGGAGUACCUGUCAAGUAAGCGGUAUAUCCACAGAGACCUGGCAACACGAAAUAUCCUUGUGGAAAGUGAACUGAGAGUGAAGAUUGGGGAUUUUGGCCUCACUAAGGUUCUACCUCAGGACAAAGAAUACUACAUGGUCAAAGAGCCAGGAGAGAGCCCCAUAUUCUGGUAUGCCCCUGAGUCUUUGACUGAGAGCAAGUUCUCUGUGGCGUCAGAUGUCUGGAGCUUUGGAGUGGUGCUAUAUGAGCUCUUCACCCACAGCGACAAGAACUGCAGCCCUCCUGCCGUUUUCAUGUCCAUGAUGGGGAAUGACAAGCAGGGACAGCUGAUUGUCUAUCACCUCAUUGAGCUCCUCAAAUCAGGCAGCAGGCUGCCUCAACCCCUGGGGUGUCCUACAGAGAUACAUGAGAUCAUGGAGGAGUGCUGGGACAACGACCCCGGCUUGCGUCCUUCUUUCAAGGAGCUGGCCCUCCGCAUUGACCUGUUCAGGGACAGCAAGGAGUUUUAGAAUCACCCAAAGUGCCCCGCCCCCCUUUUCAGCCAAGUUGCGCUUAAUAUUUCUGCCCUGUUUGUGGCAAAGGGACAAAGGCCAAAGCGAGGUCCUUCUGCUGGGUGUUAUCAUGUGGUAAUGCGGUUUGUGACUGGAGGAGUGUUGGUCUGGAACGAGGAUCUGUUGGAAAAAAAAAAAGAGAAAAAACUACUGCCAAGGUGCCUUCAGUUAAGGCACUCAACCUCCAUUUUCUGUAGCGGAGCGGCUUAGUGGCCGGCAGCCGGAUGCAAAUGGCGGAUUGGAUGGUUGAGCUUUUGAAGGUGAUGUUGCUGAAAAAAACGAGAAUGCGUUCAGUUUAAGUUUUAGAAGAAGAGUCGUAGAGUUUGUAGAGACUGAGUGUGUUCGGAAUCGCAUACUUGGAUGCUACGUGCUGCGUAAGUAUAUACUGUACACUACAUGCUAUUUCCUCUGCAGUGCACUACGCAGUAUGUGAAUGAGACUGCAGUGUGCCACAUACUGGACUUGUCAAACUGCAGUGGAAACAAUUACCUGGCAGCUGACAGCAGUAUUAAUGAGCCUUAUAUUUUUACAGCUCCGUGAAAUAGUUUGCUAGGUGGAUUAUUCCAUCUCAAAUCAUCAGGAUCCUUUUGCCCAAACAUCUCUGAUUUCCUUGAAGCUUUUUUCAUACAAACUGUGGAUAUUAAAAAAGACAUCUGUGAGAUUUCAGAUUACCAUAUCAAUUACUUUGCAAAAUUUUGAUUUUUUUCAAACUGCCCAUGGGAUAACUUGCAGCACAAUUCUCAUAUGUGGAAAUUUGAGGUUAUAUUUGGAAGGCGACAUCACGGAAACUGAUAAAGAUAAAAACCCUGAGAUGUUCACUGUUAUUUCUCAUCAUUCCUUUGAUUCAAAACCACCAAUAUUGGACAAGAUCAUCAAAUAGUCUGAUUAUGGAUGGGUUGAAGUAUAAAAAAAAGCAUUAAAGCUGUCAGGACAAGUCCCAUUUUUCAAGCAAUAAUUAAAAAAUAAUAAUAAUGCAGAAGUCAACCCGUGAUGUUUUCUGAAGCACAUGUCGUUGCAUGUGCAUGUCACAGUGAGCAAUAACAGGGAAAGUUUCAGAAUUUUAUCUUUAAGUAUUCCUGAGACGAUACUCUUCAAGCAGAAGCUUUAAAUUUCCACAUGUAAAAGAACAUGCUGAAAGUGGGUUAUCAAGGAAUUUUGAAAAAUGUUUUAUCUGGGAAAGUAUUUCAUAAUUUAAGCUAAAACUUCACUAACAUCAUUAUAAAUUUCCAUAUUUUAUGCCAAAAAAUUCAGGCAAAUCAGAAAUAAUUGAGCAGAAACUGUACUAAAAAUGUGAUCAUUUGAGAUUGAAUGACCCACUUAUGAAAUUGUUUCCAGUGUUGGUUGCCACCUAGCCAGCUUAAUAGCUCAUGUCAGCAUUUCAGACUGCAAAGGUCUGCUAAUUAUUUCCUGCAGUCACCUUUUGUAUGAACAGGUGUCGCAGCAAAUCAUGCCAUAGCAAAUGUAUUUGGCCGGUGCUCGUUUCCGCUGCAGAGCUUGAAUCUUUUGAAGUAUUUGCCAUUUUUUGCCAAAAUUUCUUGAACUGGGCAAUGACUGCAGAAUGCAUACUUAAACAUUUGGCCAGUGUGUUAUGUCAUCUGUGCAUCUUUGGUGUACUGAAAAUGUUCAAGUUUGUCACAUACCACUUGCUGCUCUUGGUCAAAAUCAGUGAGCCAGUAGUAGGAAGUAUGCCAUUUCGAACAGACACUGUGUGUGUGUGUGUGUGUGUGUGUGUGUGUGUGUGUGUGUGUGUGUGUGUGUGUGUGUGUGUGUGUGUGUGUGUGUGUGUGUGUGUGUGUGUGUGUGUGUGUGUGUGUGUGUGUGUGUGUGUGUGUGUGUGUGUGUGUGAGAGAUUGUGUGUGUGUGUGUGAUUGUGUGUUGUGUCCAUACAGACAGCUAGCAGGGCUAGCUCUUGCCAUCCCCUUGCCCCAUCACCUGAAGAGAAAUAGACUAAUACGGUGUUUUCUAUCUAAGUGUGUAUAUACCUACAGUAUAUUUGUGUACAUAUGUCCAGAAAAAUUUUAUAAUUUUAUAAAAUGGGAAUAUAGUAAAUGUUAUAUUUGAACUGCCAGCAAGAUGUCUUUGUAAAUGAAGUGCAUACAAAGGUGAUUUAAAAAUCCAUUACUGUUUUAUGUUCUCAAUGUGAGAGGUGGUGUGAAAAUUAAACCACAGUUUCAUUCAA